AUGGCCUUCCGAGGUGAUGCGCGAGGACGUGGCGGCUUCAGAGGUGGUGAUAGAGGAAGAGGAUCGUUUGGUGGAAGAGGUGGAGGGCGAGGUGGAUUCCAACAACAGAGCUUUGGCCCGCCUGCACAAGUCUUUGAAAUGGGCACCUUCAUCCACGCCACCGAGGGUGAGAUGGUCUGCGAGUCCGUCAACGCAAAGAUACCCUUUUUCAACGCCCCAAUAUACCUCGAGAACAAGACUACCAUAGGAAAAGUGGAUGAGAUCCUGGGACCUAUCAACCAAGUCUACUUCACAAUCAAGCCGCAAGAAGGCAUUCAAGCUACGUCGUUUAAGAAGGGUGACAAAUUCUACAUUGGAGGGGACAAGUUGCUACCACUAGAGAAGUUCUUGCCCAAACCCAAACCACCACCAGGUGCAGCAAAGGCCGGGGUGCACCUGGACGGGGAGCACCCAGAGGCAGAGGCUCGUUCGGUGGAGGUGGUCGAGGAGGUCCCAGAGGCGGGGCUCGUGGAGGAGCACCAGGAGGACGUGGCUUUUCGAGAGGAGGUGGCUUCUCUUCCAGAGGCCGUGGCAGGUUCUAAAGGAUAG